AUGCGCUUAAGGAACUCAGGACCGACAACGACCUCCUUAUCGUGCCUGCGGCCAAGGGACUUCAACGGUCGUAUUGGACAGGACAGACUACAAUCAAAAUCCAAAAGCUCGUUGGAGGAUCGUCAGUCCUAUGUCCCAUGCGAAUCCAACUCCAUGAAAACGCUGACACGCGAGAGUAACGCGACGCUGUUGGCAUUGGAGAAUUCAGGUGCAAUAUCGCCAAUCGACCGACGCAUGACGAGAGCACAAGAAACGGCCCUAGCCCGAUUCUACGGUCUCCCAAAAGUGCACAAAGGGGGCACUACUCUCCGGUUUAUCGUAUCACUAAAGGGCACUCCAACCUACGGACUGCCAAAGUGGUUGAUCCAACGUCUCAAGUUCCUGACCUCCGAUUCAAACACCACAGUCAGCUCGUCAACGCAAUUCUUGGAGAAACCAAACGGAGUAAGUCUCCUGCCAAGCGAUAUCAUGGUUUCCUUUGAUGUCACGUCCCUUUUUACUUCUAUCCCGCAGGACCUGGCAGUCGAGACCAUCGAACUACUCCUAAGAGAGAAAUACGACGGAACGGAGAAUCGCCUCGGACACGCCCAAACAAUCCAGCUCCUGAAGUUCUGUCUCAAGACGUACUUUACGUUUGACGGAACAAUCUCCGAGCAAAUGAAAGAAACGUCAAUGGAUUCACACUUACUGCAGAGAAAAUGA